AUGUUUCCCAAUUCUUCAAGAAUAUGUACAUUGUGCUCCUCUAAAUUUAUUGGUUGCCUUUCAUGCACGUCAACAUAGUGUUUAUCUUGUGUUAGCUCGUCUGAUUAUCUUGACAAAUAAAAUAAUUCAUGCGGAAGUACAUGUCCUCAAAGUACAUUCAAAGAUAGCUCUGGAACACCACCUUCAAAUGUUUGUACUGCUUGUGAUAGUAAUUGUAAAACUUGUGAAUAAGUUAGCACAUAAUGCACAAGUUGUAAUAAUGAUAAAUAUCUAUAAGGAACUGCUUGUUAAUCUAGCUGUGACUCAAGUUAUUAUCCUAACUCUGAUAGGAAGUGUACUAUAUGCAGUUCAAAUUUUCCUAACUGUACAUAAUGCACAGCUUCUUAAUGUUUUCAAUGUAAUCUUCCUUACUUUUUUGUAGAAGGAUAGAGUACAUGCUAGAUUUAAUGCCCUUAAGGUUACGGACCUAUAUCUACUGCAACGAAUAACACAUGUAAACCAUGUACAAAUAAUGAUUGCAAAUCUUGUCAAUCACCUAAUUUAGAUUUGUGUGAUUCUUGCUACCCUAAUUCUAUUAAACCUUACCUUUCUGGAACAUCUUGCAUUAGCUCGUGUGCAUCAAAUGAAUAUGUUGAAUCAGCAACUAAUAAAUGUAUUUUAUGCUCUUUGAAAACCUAAGGGUGUGAUACUUGUACAGAAACUGCAUGUAAAUCUUGUUCUACUCAAUAUCUAGAUGUAAUUACUAGUAAGUGUGUCGAUGACUGUAUUACUUUAUCAUUAAAACCAAUAGAAACUCCAAUAAAGAAAUGUGUGUUAGAUUGUGUCACAAUUGAUCCACUAAUGACUUUUUGUGUAAACUGCCAAACUGAUGCUAAUAGCAAAACAAUAUGCUUAGAAUGCGAAAAUGUAUCCUGA